UUGAGAUCCAUUUGUUAUUGUUGAGCAGCAUGUUGGAGAACGGUGAACACUUCUUCGAAGGGGUUGAAAAACUUCUUGAAAUCUGGUUCGAGGAAAGCUCCAACAGCGAGAAUGAUCUGCGAAACAUUAGCAGAUCUGAUUGGGAAAACGUGCUCAGCAAUGUGAACUGUGAAAUAAUAAGCACUUCAAAAAAUGAUGCUAUAGAUGCUUUUGUUUUAAGCGAGAGCAGUAUGUUUGUUUCAAAGCGGAGGUGGAUCCUUAAGACUUGUGGUACUACCACUCCUCUAAAAUGCUUAGGCUUGUUGUUAAAAUUGGCGGAGGCCAAUGGCUUUGAAGUGGUUGCAGACUUGUUCUACUCCCGGAAGAACUUUACUAGACCAGAAGCACAGAUUACUCCUCAUCAGGGCUUCACCGAAGAAGUUACUUAUCUGGAUUCCAUUUUUCCAAAUGGAAGAUCCUAUUGUCUGGGUUCUAUGAACUUGGAGUGUUGGUAUCUUUAUACAUUUAGUCGUUCUGAUAUCAAUAUUUCUCCACAACACAUAUCUAACAAGAAAGGCGUUGAUUCCGAUCCAGAUCAAACUAUUGAAAUACUAAUGCAAGACCUUGAUCCCGAAACCAUGUCGAUCUUUUAUAAAAAUAAAUUUGACAAUGCUCAUGGGGCUACUGUGAAAUCUGGAAUCGAUACAAUUUUGCCUAGUAUGCACAUCGACGACUUUCUAUUCGACCCUUGUGGAUAUUCAAUGAAUGGAAUUAAUGAUAAGGGAGAGUAUAUGACAAUUCACAUUACUCCGGAAAAUCAGUUUUCGUAUGUGAGCUUUGAAACUAACGUUGCAUUGAGUAACUAUAGGAAACUUAUUAACCAAGUGAUUAACACUUUUAAGCCGGGAAAAUUUAUUGUAACUAUUUUCGCAAAUAAGUGCUCUCUGGCUUACGAAACCAUGAAGGAGUUGGAAGUUGAAUACUCCAAAGGAUCGCAUUGGAAGCGAACAGACAUGCAAUGUUGCAAUUUUCCUUCCUACAAUCUUCUGUUUGCACAAUAUUCUUUUAAUGAAAAAAAUGGUGAUAAUUUAUGAAGUUUUAAUUCCAACUGUUGUUGUGAUCCUUCUUCGUAUGUGUAACAAAGCAGAUUGUUCGUUUGUUAUAAAUUAAAAAAAAUAAAGUUUCUCAAUUAAA